AUGGUGGGCCUCUCUGAAGGGGAGAAACACUUCAUCCGCGGCAUUGCACAGGACUUUCGCACUGAUGGACGUAGGCGGCUGCAGUUCCGGUCCCUUUCCGUCGAAACCGGAGUCAUUCCACAGGCGAAUGGCUCAGCGCGUGUUAGGUUGGGGGCCACUGAAAUAAUCGCUAGUGUCAAGGCUGAACUAGGAAAACCAAGCAUUCUUCACCCUGACAAAGGAAAAGUUGACAUUUUUGUCGACUGUAGUCCAACCGCUGAGCCUCUGUUUGAGGGUAGAGGCUCUGAAGAAUUGUCUGCUGAGCUCUCUGUUUCCCUGCAAAGAUGCUUGUUGGGUGGUAAAAGUGGUGCUGGUGCUGCAAUUGAUCUGUCAUCCCUAAUUGUUGUUGAUGGAAAGGUCUGCUGGGAUCUGUACAUUGAUGGGCUUGUGGUCAGUUCUGAUGGUAAUUUGCUAGAUGCGCUAGCUGUUGCGAUAAAGGUUGCUUUGAGUGAUACAGGUAUACCAAAAGUUAAUGUUUCUGUUAGUGCUGCAUCUGAUGAGGAACCUGAAGUUGAUGUAAGUGAUGAGGAAUUUCUGCAGUUUGACACAUCCGGUGUGCCUAUUAUUAUUACAUUAACCAAGGUGGGUCGGCACUACAUCGUUGAUGCCACCUCAGAGGAAGAAUCCCAGAUGAGUUCUGCAGUGUCGGUGUCAGUCAACAGGCAUGGCCAGAUAUGCGGGCUUACCAAGAGGGGAGGGGCAGGGCUGGAUCCAAGCGUCAUCUUCGACAUGAUAUCUGUCGCCAAGCAUGUGAGCCAGCAGUUCAUCUCCCUCUUGGAUUCAGAGAUUGCCGCCGCCGAAGCUGAAGAAGAGGCUCAGUGAUUGAUGAAAAGGAAAAAGGACUGGUUGCGUAAAUGCUCGUGUGUUCCAACUUCAACCAAAUGCUGUAGAAAUCUUCAGGAAUUUGGUUCCAUUUUUAUGUUAUUAUUAGUAGUAGUAAACACCGAGGAUUUGGAUCCUGGGAACGAACGACGUCGUGUUGGCUUUGGCUGGGCUCAGAGGAACGAAUACUGAAUCUUGGGUCUGAUGAUCUGAUCCUCUUGUGCCCCCAAUCCGAUGAUAAAUUUGGCCCCUCUCACACCAAACCAAACACUAUGGAUUUCCUCCAUCCGUUUUCAAACAA